CGUACCUCCUUGUUCCAUGUCUGUUUGGGGUAGGUCGGGCGUCGGGUUCAUUCUUUUUACUUUGUUUUUGUUUAGUUAGGGAGUCUCAACGGUUUAUGAGAUUAACUAACCAUGAUAUGGUCAAUUAUUGUGCUCUUUAAAGUGUGUUCACAUUAUUCCUUAUAAAUGGCAUGCGUACUGUGAUAUAUCGAAGAGAAUGAUAACGAGAAACCAGCUAAAACAAAGGAACCCUUUGGUAUUCUUGGACAUUUUAAUCGAUGGCGAGAAAGCUGGUCGGAUAGUUAUAGAACUGAGGCGUGAUGUUGUGCCUAAGACAGCAGAGAAUUUCCGGGCUCUCUGCACGGGUGAGAAAGGUGUCGGUGUCUUCGGUAAACCUUUGCAUUUUAAAGGAGUUCGAUUUCACAAAGCGAUUUCUCAGUUCAUGGUUCAAGGUGGAGACAUAAUUAAUGGUGAUGGGACCAGCGGCGAGAGCAUAUAUGGUUUGACAUUUGAAGAUGAAAAUUUUACGCUUCCGCAUGAAGCGGGCGUGCUUAGUAUGGCCAAUUCGGGCCCCAAUACUAACGGAUCACAGUUCUGCAUGACGACCGUCCCAUGUCCACAACUGGAUGAAACCAAUGUGGUGUUCGGAAGAGUUCUAGCUGGACUUGGAAUAGUUGCUGAGAUACAACAAAUGGCUGAUGACGGUCGACUGAGGGUGGAAUGUGUAAUAGAGGAUUGUGGGGAAAUUCAGGAUACCGAAAAUUGGGAUGUGUGCUGCAUGGACGGCACUGCGGACCAUCUACCAGAGUAUCCGGAAGAUCUGCAGACUGACCUUACGAAGGACGAGCUGAUGCUGAGCAUCCGCGCGGUGAAGGAGAGCGGCAACGCGCUGUUCGCGGCGCGCCGCGUGCGCGGGGCCGCGCGCAAGUACCACAAGUGUCUGCGCUACGUCGCGCGCGCCUCCGAGCGACACGCCGAGCAUUAUGAAGAAGUAAAAACGUACACCAUACAGUGCAAUCUAAACCUCGCCGCUUGCUACUCAAAACUGGAGGACUAUCGAGCCUGUAUCAAUAGUUGUUCUGAGGUGCUGCAUAUUGACCCUGGUAACGAAAAAGCAUUGUACCGCCGAGGUCAAGCGAACUACGCCCUUAAGAACUAUGAGUCCGCUCUAGCUGACCUCAAGCAUGCAGACAAAAUUUCACCCAAGAACAGAGCGGUCCAGAAGCUUCUAGACGAAGUCAGAAUUACGAACAAGUCGUACAACGACAUCCAAAAACAACGUCUGUCAAAAUUUUUUCGUGACCAAAAAGAGAAAAGCGCAGCAAUCGGACACCACUGAGAUACGUCUGAAAGUUAUGAUAUACAAAGUUUUUUGAUACAUUUUCAAUGUUGAUUCGUGUCGAGUGAUCGUAUACGUAACAAAGAUACAUAGCCCUUCUUGACACACUAGUUUUAAAACGUAUUCCGAAAUUGAAUAGUAUGUCAGUACAAUGAAAUCUAACUCAUAUUUUGUACAGAUUAAAAUAAUACAAAAGGAAAACAAAACGGUUUCUAAAACUUUUUAUUACUAUUAAAAAUUAUAAUUACGCACUGCCAUAUUGUAAAAAUAUAUAGUUUUUUUUACGUUGCUAUAUUAUGGCAAUUGUUGAGUUUUAUUUUUCAUAUUUUUAUUCUUCUUUAUUUAGCGCGAAAUUGUUUUAGGCAAAUAUUUAAACGUCAAUUUUAUUGAUAUAUUUAGAUUCGUUUAGGUUAAUUUUUGAUCUUACGUAUACGACAAUAAGGUUGAAUUUCGUGUAAUUGGCUUGUUAGGAUAAAAUUAGGUUUUAUGUAACAAAAUAAAAUGGUGCUUAGUUAUUAGCAGACUUCAAAAGAAAGGAGGUUAUCCUUAUCGAUUCGGCUGUAAUUUAUAUUACGUUGCUGCAGUUCUGUUAGUGUGUGUGACGGAAACGUCAGAAGUGACGUCAGCGUUCUAUAUAGCGAUCACAAUAUUUGAAUUAAUGACAAAAUACUGUAUAUCUCUAUUGAGGUUUGGUUUACUUUAAAAUAUAGUUUGGUACGUAUUUUUAAUAAUUUAUAGAAUGAAAAUUUUAAAUUUCGAACGAAUCUGAUCUUUAAUUAAGUAAAAAAUUAUAGUUUAUAAUUUUUUAUAUAGUUGUUCAUAAAUUAGGUUUAUUUUUGCAAUAUUUCAUGAACGUAUGAGUAAUUGAUCUCUGUCAUUAAUUUGUAUUACUUAAUUAAUAAUAAUAAUAAUAAUAAUUACUAUUUUUAUAUUGUGAAUUGUUUUUUUAUCCGUUUUUAUAUUAUUAACUAAACUUUCGAGGUUUUAGCGGUUAAUAACAUUAUAGGGGCUGUUUUAAAAGGUAGUCUGUCAAUUAAAAUAAACUUAUUAUCGAAUUCUAAAUUUAAUUGGAUUUAAAUUAUUUACAUAAGUAAAAUUUAAAUCUUUGGCGUUGACACAAUUGAACUGCUACUUUAGGAAUACAUAAAAUAUUACACAAUAAAUGGCUUCUAAAGUCUUAAAACAGUAUCCUUAUAUGUGUAGUUAGUUAUUGGUGUUGAUUCUUUUUUACGCAAUCUCUUAAUAUGGCAACACAAUAAGUAUUGCUAACUCUUUCUCACACGUGGAAUUAGUAUUUAUGGAUUAAAGGAUAGCGAGUCCUGUCGAUUGUGAUUAGAAUUUGCGUACAACUGAAUCGGGAUUAAUGUAUGUUUUUGCUUAAGUGGAUUUUUGUCUAUUAGUAACAAUUACAAAGAACGAAUACUAAAUGUAAAGAAUUUUUGUUUAAUUUAAGAUUGUAACGAUGAACAGGAUCAACAAUUUGACAAUUAUUUGCUAUAAAACGAUAAAUAUAAAAUGAGAUUUGAUUUUAUUACAUAAGUAAUUAUAAAACGUAUAAUUUGAAUCUGUGUAAGUUUUAUAAUUAUGUGUAAAAGUAUAUGUUUAUGAUUUUUCAUAAAAGACAUUUUAAUAACAAAUUAUAUGUGAUUAUAUUAAUAUUUUCGAAUUUGAUGAAUUACGGCUUUUGUCGUAAACGUUGUUGUUUAGCGAGUGUUAAACACUUUAUUUUUCUCAUCAUUAUUUUGAGAGAGUAAGAUAGCAUUAUUUUUCUAAGCUCCUCUGUCGAUAAAUGUAAUUUACGAGUAGAUUGUUGCCUCUGAGUACUAGAUGGCGCUUUGUCAAAACUUUGAUAUUUGUACAUCGCGAUGGCAAGAUUCGCUAUUGAUUUCACAUAGUGCAUUAAGAAGAUUUUUAAUUAUUGUAUAUGUAUUAAGUAUGUAUUAUAAAAAAAUUAAUAAUAUUGUCCUCUAGUAUUGUGCGGUAACAAUGAACUCGUAAAUAAAAUGUACAACUCCUAAACAAUUUAAAGGUAAAGUUUUACUUCACAGUUUGUUAAGACAUUGACUGUUUAGAGUUUUAUAAGCAUUAAUAGAUGUUCAUAUGAAUUACUAAAUUUAAGUUUGUUGUAGUGUAUUUUUUUUUUAGUUGUAAGUUUUCUGUAAAGUGCCGACAGUCGCUAAAUGAACCAAAUUCUAUUAUAAAAUUACUUUGCGAAUUUUUAGGAGCUUCGAAUGCUUCCAUUUAUAUUCAUAUAUGUAUAUUAUGAAUUUUGAUACUUGACACAGAUUAUAUCUGUAAAAAAAAGAAAAUAAUGAGACAAUAGAUUUUUAGUAUGAUUUUGUAAAGGAUGAAAGAUAUUUGUAACAAUAGGCAUUAAAUUAUUUAACGCUGAAUAAUUCCAGUAAAUUAAAUUAAAUCUACAUCUACUGAUGAUUCAUAAUUAGAAAUACAUUGAAGUAAUAAUUUAUUUGAACUAAUUUUAAAAAUGUUAAGAGUAAGGUGAAAAGAAAAUGGAUUUGAGAAAUUGAUUGUAACUUGUUUGUUGCCACCUGAAGCCUGAAAGAUUCGAAGACAAUUGAAGGAAUUAGCGAUGUGAUAUGACCGCAUUUGUGCCAUAGCGGAACAAUUACAAACCUAAUUCGUAUACGCAAUGUGUGUCCGUAGCUUUACAGAGAUUGCGUCAAGGUCGCUUCGCUUGAUCCCUCAGAUGUGUCCGAUCCUUAAAUGGGCAAUGUUCAUUUUUGUAGAUUGAAAAAGAAUAGUUAAAUAUGUGACUAGUGAAUUGUGAAAUGUUUAAAUUGAAUUUUACUAUUCAAUAAUAAUAAUAAUAAUAAAUGAUAGUACAGUGACGAUUUGAUCAAACGAACAUCGUAAGGUACCAAAUGAAAAAGUGCCAUGAAAUGUUACAUAAGCCUUAUAUUAUUCAUUGUACUAUUUUUUAUUAUCGCUUUUAUAUUAUAAGGAUAUAGCUUUAAUGUGGUUCGUCUGUUGGUGAACGUGAUACAAGUUUAAUACAUAAGCAUAAUACAUUUUGAUAUUCAUAAUGUAGGUUCGGUUGAGAUAACGGACGGUAAUUUAGUUAGCAAAGACUGUUUUCAGCAUGAUAUUGAUUCCACUGAUUAAGUUACUUUUGUAUCAUAUAUCUAUUAUAUGGGAUUUUUGAAGAGAUA